UGAAACAGGAAGUGAAGAGCAGCGGACGCGCAGCGUUGAAGGAACAAACGCACACAAUCUUCGACGCGUUUCUCGGAUUGUGUCUUUGCUGCAGGUCUUCUCAGGGAUCAUGUGAUGACCCACGCUCGGAGAAAACAUUCCCUCUGCCAGUUUCACGGUGAGAGGCGAGACCAUGUAGAGGGCUGGUCACAUGUUGACACUGUGGGCGGAGCCAGGCCAGUGCCAUCGAUGCGAGCGGGUAAGGCAAAGAAGGACGUGAUGAAAAAAAUCAAGGCCAAGGUUCUGAAGCAAACCGAGACAUGGAUGCUGAGUAAUGGCAGGAGUCAAGAUUUGCCCAAACUGAAAAAGAGUAAAAAAGAUGUAACCAAAAGAAUCAAAUGCAAAACUCAGAGGAGACAGCGGGCCGAGCUGAGCCGCAAGCUCUACCCGUUACGUGGACGCAGCGGACCGGAGAGUGAAGCCUUGAGUUGUCACGUCCUCCUCACCCGUCUGGAUGUCCUGGAGGAAUGUGAGGUGAAUACAGACACAGGUUUACAUGACAAAACCAGUCUGAAGACCAAAACACAUAAAGUGUUCGCUCAGGAGCCACGGAAGCGCCGACUCGCCUCUCUGAACGCCGAGGCCGUCAACAGUCUGCUGCUGGAGAAAACGGAGUCUGGUGCCAAACGUUCUAAGAAACACAGGGACGGUGCCAUUGCUCCAGAGCAAACCAAGACUUGGCCGAACUCAAAGCAGAGCUCGGAGACGUGCGAGAAAGCCACAACACAAGAGAAGAGCGUGAGUGAAGUGAAUGUGUUCACUCCUACACCCAGACGUGUGGCCGGACUGAACGCCGUCGCUCUGAUGAGACUCACCAGCUCGACCACUGCUCAUAAACAUAGAAUCAAAACAGACAGGAAGGCCGCGUGUCUUUCAGGAAAAGAUGAUGUACACAGAAAGUCUAAAGUGCAGAAGUCUAAGAAACAAAACAGGAGGGGAUCUGGAGUGACAGAUGUCUGUGAGGUUUGUGAAAGCAGGAGCUUUGAGUGGAAGCGGAAGCUCGAAGAGUCUCCACAAACCAAACCAGCGUAUCGCUCCUGUAGCAUGCUGGGAUAUCCCCUGAACAUCGUGAAAGAGGAGCAGGUGGAAACUGAUGUGAGUUCAUAUUACUGCUGUCCGUCAGAAGGUUCUGUUGAGUAUUGUCACAGACUGGCGCUGUUCCUCAGACAGAAGGAGCAUGCCAUGACCUCAGUCAAACAUGAAUGUCUGAUUCCUCUCAGCGCUCACCCGUGUCUGUGUGCCGAUCCAUGUUACUCGGGUUAUUAUGUCCACAUCGCUCAUGCGGCUCCAGCAGCAGCGACUCUGAGCUUCUGUCCACGAGCAGAGCUGCUGUCCUCCUCACAUUCUCUCUUGUGUAAUUCACCAUGUUUUCACGAGACGUUCAUCGACAGAAGAUCAUGCUCGUACUCCAGCAGCUGCUCACGCUGUACACGUCCAAUCAAAACAGAAGGUUUUCCGUCAUCUCAAGAGGAACAGAGUCGAGCCUCAGCUGUGUCUUCAGCUCCGCUCGGAGUAAACUCUUCCUCCGCCGGUGUCCCGCGUCUCAUCUCCACGCCGUCUGAACGCAGACACACACACAAGAGGCUGAAACGAUGCCCUCAAAACACCAAAGCACCAAACACAUCACUUGCUAUGAGCCAGACCAGAUUAUCCCAAAAACAUCCCACAGCAGGUGGCAAACAGAAGAAAGUGGACCAGCGGCAGGUGACAAACGGCUGGCGGCCUGUCGGAGAGCCCACAGAAAAGGAAGUCUUCAUUGCCGGAGAUGAUGAGACGGUUUUGCGUCAGUGUUAUGAAGGAGUUGAACGUGAUGGAGAAGUGAUCCGGGUACGAGACACUGUGCUCUUACGAUCUGGACCCCGAAAGAAAUCCCUGCCGUACGUGGCCAAGAUUUCAUGUCUGUGGGUGGAGCCCAGAACAGGAGAGCUGAUGAUGAGUCUCUUCUGGUAUUAUCGACCUGAACACACUCAAGGAGGCAGAGAUCCCAGCAUGCACUGUGAGAAUGAAAUAUUUGCCUCUCGACAUCAGGAUGAGAACAGUGUGGCCUGUAUCGAGGACAGAUGUUAUGUUCUGCCUUCAGCACAAUACUGCAGAUUUUGUGCCUUGGUGAAGCGGCGGUCAGAGGGCGUGUCCGGUGGCGUCCCGGUAGUGCCGGACCCCUCUGAUAGCCUCACCCCACCUCACCGCCUCGUGCCCGAUGACGUGGACCCGGAUCUAGUGUACCUGUGCCGUCACGUCUAUGACUUUAAACACGGACGCAUCUUAAAGAACCUGCAGUGAAGUGUGUAGCUGCUGUGGAAACCGAGACGACCUCCGCUCACGCUGACACGCUGAUCUUUAGAGAAGAAACACAGCCGGACGAGGUUUGAGCGUAUCUGUUUCAUUCUGCCAUGCACUGAAAUCAAACAUAUUCAUGUGUUCAGUGUGAAGAACCAGAAAUACUUUGGACACUUACAGUCAUUCAUUGUAGAAACAAGGUUAAGAGGCUUGUGGUUGUAGAUAUUGUGAGGUUGGGUGAUGAAUGAUCAGUUUAACACUUUUGGAAAUGAGUCCAGAAGCUCAACAAGAUCCAGAGCCUAAGUUUUACACCAGUGAGUUCACAUGAGUGUGGUUUUUAUUUUCUCAUCCGCUUGUAGAUGAUGAGUUGACAACGUUCACUGUGGUUUUAGUCUUGUUAAGUCUAAAUUAAGUAAGUUAAUUCCUUCAUCAUUUAUAUCAACGCUUCUCAUUCUUAGAGAUCUCUAAAGGAAACGUAUCUGAAUGAUCGGCCUAGUAGAAUGAGACUGUCCAGUUAACCUCUACAUCAAACUUAAAGCUAUCAGUUGAAACAUAAAUCGUGUUGAAGACUUAUGGUUUGUGUAUGUUAUGUGAAUGAAUGAAUUCAGCGCUUCUCAACAGGACACACACAGCUGGAACAUAACAUACACACCACACAACACACUUCUGAUCUCUGACAGAAUUAUAAUAAGGAUGCACUCAUGAAGCUUUUGUGUAUUGAUGUUUUUUGUACAUUUCCUUUAAAGAAUUGCACAAAAAUUGUUUAAGUAAAUUUUCCUUCCAUUUCACGACACGCAACCAUCAUCAGGCCAAACUUUAGUAAGAUAUUUCUCUGCAGUUACUGUCUUUUCAUUUUGCUGUUCAUUCGCUGGUUUCAGGGUUUGUUUAGCUUAUGUCAUUUUCCCAGCGCUUACAUUUAAUGUAUGACAUAUAUGAAUGAUGUUUAAUAUGUGUGCAGAAUAACCUUCAGACUUACAGAAUGGACAGAAAUCAAUACUGAUCAAAUGUACAUUUCUGUAAUUGUUGUGAAACUCUGGCCUUCUGCUUUUCAUUUCUUCUGUUUCUUCUGAACAAAAAGAUAUUUUAUUAUGGCUCUUUCUUAAGCUGGAAAAUGCAGUUUUAUAUUUGUAGGACUAUUUUUUUGAGACCAGAAGCUAUUUAAUGUGAUGUCAUUUUGAUUUGGACUCUGCUUGUAUUUUAUGAGACUCUAUUAGAUGAUGUUUGUGUUAUUAGAAGAGAGAAAACGUGUUUUACAGGAGCUUCUAAAGCCUUGCACAGUGCAUUUAUAAUCCUUUUGUAUUUACAGACAGUAUUUAAAAUGGAUUAUAUAUUAA